UCCAGCCGUUCGUCAGUUCCACCGUAUAAAAGAGAUCGCGUGACGAAAAUCGUAUACAGAAUGGAGGGAGACGAUGGCCCUUUAGCCAUCAGUAAUAAACCCACAGUUAUUGAAGUAGCGGAAGAAGCAAUGAGACGAUUAGAUGUACUGGUAUGUGGACAGUGUCAUUCUGUCUUUCAUUUUGUCGAAAAGUUUCAAGAACAUUGCACAAAGGAGGGAGCUUGUUCCAAAACGUCACGUAUUAGUGACACCAACGACAUCGAACAAAAAGCACAAGUAUGGGCAUUUCUAUCAUGGAAGGAUACACAAGUCCAAGACAGUUCAGACAAGGAGGCAUCUAACGAUUGGAUAUUGUACCAGAAAUGGUGUAAGAUGGAUACGAAAGUGCAGGAGGCUUGGGAAACAGUGGGAAAAACUGUACAAACCUUUACAAAAAUUAAUGACGCAAAUAUGCAGGAUACCCUGAUGCAAUCAAAUACCAAUGUCGAAGGUGCCAAACCGAUAAUAGUUCGUAAAGUUAGAAAUAGACAACCGGAAGAAACAGGCGGAGCUAAAAAAGAUUCUGCAAAAUCACUGGAAACAAAAACACAGAAGAAUGAAUCUAUGGAAAUUGAAGUAGACAAGAAAGAAAAACCAAGACUGAAACCAUCGAUCAAGCCCAAAAUCAAGCCUGGCAAAGCAACUAUCGAAGAAGAUGCAGAUCUAAGUAACGAAGAAUAUAUUGUCAAUAAAAUAUUAGCCAAACGUUUUAAUAUUAAAAGAAGAUGCUCGGAAUACUUAAUCAAAUGGAAAGGCUAUCCACAUGAAAACUAUAUAUGGGUAUCUGCAGAGGCUGUAGCAGCAUCCAAAAGUUUAUUGGAUAAAUUUGAGCGGAGUCUCGCCAAGCAAAAGGAGUCUAAAGCAGCGCAACAGAAGGCUAAUACAAAAGUCGUCAGACGUGUGAGUUUGCCGUUGCAAAAAUCAGCAAUAGAAGCUGAGACUAGUCAGCCUGGACCAAGUACUGUGGCUCAAGCAGGACGCCCAAUGCGGUCUAAUAAAUCAAAAGAGAUAGAUCAAGUCAAGCAAUGGUGUGGCUCGAUAAAUGAUGAAGAGAAUGAAUUGUUAGAUAAAAGGAGGAUCGAUGAUUCGGAGAGUGAUUCGGAAGGAGGAAGCAGUACCUCAAAGAGAACGACAGACGAUACGAACAAUGAUGAUGAAUGGACUGGGGAAUCUGAAGACGAAAGAUUAUUGGGUCGUAGCGACGUGAUCCAACGUGCAUUCAAUCGCGCUAAUGCGCAGUCGAAUGGAUCCAACAAAACCUCGGUUUCAUCCACUGAUCUGGCAACGUCAUUAGGAUUGCAAUCUUCAGAUGUAGUGAAAUCUAGCCAACUGCCUGUUUUAGUAACUAGCGCCAAGGGGGUUAAAGUCGAUCCCAAACAAAUGCCGAAUCGGGCUUCCAGUCUCUGCGUUAUGUCACGAAAAGAUGGUAUCAUCAAAUCGAAUUCGUCCUCCAGUGGGAAACUAGUGGUUAAAGGAUCUUCGACGACGCAUAAUGUUAUAAUGGUUCAAAAUCGAGAUAAUACAAACGUGAUCGCCUACAGAUGCAAAACGUGUCGUAACACGUUUCAGUGCAAAUCGUAUUUACGUCGUCAUUUGCUUAUUCAUUCAGGUGAAAAACCUUAUCAAUGCAAGUUUUGUAAAAAAGUAUUUAAUCAGAUAUCGAGUCUAAACAGACACAAGAAAAAAAUGCAUUUCAAUGUUCGUAACAAUUGUAACGAUUGUAAGAAGGGCUUCAUUAAUGAACAGGAUUUGAAUAAUCAUUUAGUCACGAAGCAUUCAUAUAUCGAUGGAAAUCCGUUUAAAUGCGAGACAUGUCCAGCUACGUUUAAACGUUUAAAAGUCCUUAAACAGCAUACAAAAACCCAUGCAGGCAAGAAUCCAUAUAUUUGCGACGGUCACAUGAGUGAUGUCGUAGUAAAGAACAGCGACUGA